AUGGCCUCAACUGGGGUUGCAGCGUUUUCCAUAAAGGGGCAAACUUUGCACUCAUUUUCUGCGAUCCAUAACACCACCAAUUUUGAUCCUCAAAAUUUGUUUGAGGUGAUUAUGAGGAAGAUUGCAACCAGAACUUGGGAUAAGGUUGAGGCUUUGGUCAUAGAUGAAAUUAGCAUGGUGGAUUCAAAGCUAUUUGAUGGCCUAGAGUUUGUUGCCAGAAAGUUGAAGGAUGUGGAUAAGAGGUGGGGAGGAAUUCAGCUGAUUGUGGUUGGGGAUUUCUUCCAGUUGUCCUCUGUUGGUGAGACUGAGAAGUCAAAGGUUGAUAAGAAGUUGAAGUCAGAGCCGAAGAGUGUGAACGAGAAAAGGCUUAAAAGCUUGCAAAAGGAAUGUUUUGUUUAUAGAGCCAUUGAUAGCGGUGACGAUUGUUGGAAGAAGCAGUUUGAGCAUGGGGUAACACCUGAUGUGGUUACCAUUUGCGAAGGUGCCAGGGUGUUACGUGCUGCACUUGUUGCUGAACUUCGAGGGUCAGCACCUCCAGAAGAAGAAGAAGAAGAAGAAAGCUAA